CGCGAGUGUCCGCGCGCAUCGCGAGUGUUGUGUUACUGCUGUGUGGUUACUGUGUGUGCAUGCCGAGGGAGUUUUUUUGGUAAUUGCCGGUUAUCACGGAAGAAUUAUUCUUGAUCGAGCUGAUUGAGAAGCGUGUGCACAGGUGCCUAAUUACGGAAAUAAAUCGAAGGCUUCGAUUGGAAACUACUGGAAGACAAGGUGCUUUGGGGACGACAUACAGAAUUGUGGCAAUCUCUCAAACGAAUUGUACAGACCAGAUUUGGGAGCAGGAAAAAUUACAAAAAAUAAAACAUGAAGUACUCGAGGAAACUGAUCGUCGCGUGCGUGCUGAUCGGCUUGGUAGUACGCAGUCAGGCAGCACCGUCUUCUAGAAGAUCGCGAGCGGCCGCCCUCCCAGAAGCAACAAGUAGCCGCCAGAGCAAACUCACAGAAGAAUACAAAGAAGAUGGCACAACCGCAUCGCCCGCACCACCCACAAACAGGAGGAACAAAGCGUUAAACUUGUUCGGCUACUUCCCGUCCUUCUUAUCAUCCGGACUAGAUUAUAACGAAGAUGACGACGAUGACGUCACUUUUGCCGUCAACGACGACCAUUUCGAUGAUGACGACUUGUCUAGAACCAUCCCUUCGAGACGCCGACAGCAGAACAAGAAGAAAAACGGCAACGGGGACAGUUAUCAAAACGACAACUUAAAUUCCCUGCAAUAUGACAACUCCCCCAUUUUCUACAUCAGACUGCCCCCGACUCCGUAUAUGUUCGUGCCCGGCCUCGGAUACGUUUCGCAGCCUCCCAGCCUAGGGCCUCCCAUGGGCCCACCGAUGCCUCAAAGUGUACCUCAAGUGGAUCCGUUCAUAAACCUGCCUUUGGAUUUCGUAUCAAACGGGAAACCUACCGGCGUGUAUCAAUGGGGUAAUACUGGCGGGUAUCCUCAAGUGCCUCAAAUGCCUCAGGUCCCACAAAUGCCUCAAAUUCCUCAGAUGGACCCGUUUGGUUACGGCGCCCAGCCGAUGAUGCCGCCAAUGCAAAGGCCGAGCUACAACAACCUGCCUUCCUACUCCAAGCCCAAGCCAAAACCGGCGCCCACCAAUUCUAAAGUCACUAAUCUUAAAGGACAAUACGUUUUCAACGGAAAACCCAAUGACAGCGUCUACGUUUUGCGAGACACGUAUAACUCCAUAUACUCUGAUGCGCUCCAGAACUUCUAUCCUUAAAGGAGUCUGGUAUAUCUAGAAAGUGUUAAACUGGCUCGUAUCGAGCUGAAUUUAUUUUCAAACAAACGCAAUGAAAUGUGUGAAGUCAGUACGACUUUAUUUAAUUAAAGCUCUGUCAAACAAGUCUGUCAGUAAAUAAGAACUGACAGACUUGUUUGACAGAGUAUAAUAAUGUCCAGUCAUCAAAUAACAAUUUUAUGAAAAGCAACAGAGUGUAGGUUUCAUCAUGAAUGUACUGAAAAUAACAAAGCAGCUACUUUAUAGUCAUAAUAGGGUAUUUGACUGCAUUUAAAAUAAAUGAUUUCACACCAAGCAUGAAAUAAAGCACCAGAAGAGUAUUAGAAAAAUGUAAACAGUAGAUUUAAAUACGGUUUAUAUUUUUUAAAUCGUAUAUAUAAGGUGCUAACAAAUUAGUCACGGAUAAUUUAAGGGACGUUAAUUAACAU